CAGAAGUUCUAGGACGAGGUUGCGGUGAGCUAGUGGAAACGUCAGUAAGAAUCUUCUGCAAUUAUCGAUCCUGGUUUUGGGUGUUUUGAGGUACCUACAACGACCUUUCAAGCAUUAUUCCAUGCCUUGAUGCCUUAUGAUAUCAACGUGGUUUUACAUGCACAGGUGGUGAAGAACAUGGACAAAAACCCGGCCCAGACAGGCCACAGGCAAAGGUCUGCCCUGACGCGCCAGCUCAGUAGUCUGUACGCCGUGUUUAUUCUCACCCUGGGUCUCAUCUUCCCCCUGGCGGCGGUUCUAGAGAGGGAACGCGGAGUUAAUCUCUACUUGGCAGAGGCGCUUCAAGUUUACCUGUACUUGGUGGCAAUAGCCUACCUUCUCUACCUGGAACUUUACUUACUGCGGGUCUACAAUCCCAACAGACGACCUAUACCAAAACGUCAUGUGAUCAUUCACGUGGAAAAGGGAGACCCGUCAUACAGCAAGCAUUUGGACCCUGAAGAGGAAGGGAUAGAAUUCACUGAUAAAGAGCGUCCAGAGGUGCAUCAUGGGGAACAGGGCAUCAGCCAUUAUCUGAGGCUGGGAGCAAUACUAUUCGGCGUCGGUGCGCUGAUCUACGAUGGGUUCAGAAUUGCCGAAUUUGUGCUGGAGAACGGACAGGGUUGCCGCACCAUAGCAGACCUGGUCAUCACGUCAUUACAUCUCAUCUUCACCUUCAUUCAGACGUUUUUCCUGUUCAAGCACUGCACGAUCGUGAUAAACAAGCACAAGGCGUUUGCGAGAUUCGGUGUGAUGCAUCUUUUGGUCACCAACCUCUGCGUGUGGCUGUUGUACGCGGUGCUGGAGACAGAAGAAGACUACAGGAAGGACACUUUGACACAAUCUGAACUAGAUGUUAAUGACACUGUAAAAGGUAACAACAGUGACGACAAUGGACCUUUAGCCUGUUUUGCGGACGUCACAAUCACGGAUCAAGCAUCCCCCUAUUUGUAUCCAUGUGUGCUAGAAUACAGCAUCCUAGCUGCGGCGGUUACCUACGGCAUAUACCUCAGCAUUGGCACCGCUGCACCAGUGAGAGUAAAGAUGCCACGGAUUACCAAAGCCAUACAAAACACGGUUCGCAUGGGUUGCCAAAAAUCGAAUAUCGGACUUUUUCUCGGUAUUCUUGUUAUGAUCCUGACACUGGUUGUCCUCAGUCUGUAUUUUGCUUUUCAUAAUAACGACGCCAUUGAGAUUGAAACAGCUGACGGUCUGUCUCUGAUUCUAUUCUCUUCAUUAGAAUUGCUGCUCUUGCUGCUGUCUUUGGUCGCCGCCAUUGUCGGAUUUUUCAGACUUAGGUCGUUGGAUCAUCGUGGUUGGAAAUGGGGGACACUGAACGACGGGGUGAUGUUAAUUGGAACCGCCGGUGUCUAUAUAUGCAACGUCCUCAUAUGCAUCGCUCUCUUCCAAGUGUUUUUGGACCUUGACGUUACGGUCAUACUCAGCCUUGUAGCGUCCCUGUUUGCCAUCUUUCAAGCAUCCUUUCAAACCCUGUUCAUCAGCGAUGGAUGCAGACGAUACGCCAAGGACAAGGAACAAGCCAAUGAGAAGCCGGGACGCAGAUCCGUGGUGUUUCUUCUCAUCUGUAACCUAUGUAUGUGGAUCGUUGAUACGUUAGCGGUAAAGAAGGCAGAAGAGCACAAUGCCCUCUAUGCUGAUCUCUAUGGCAACCUGUGUUGGAAAAUUGUGACGCAUCUGGCAGUGCCUUUGAUAAUCUACUACCGCUUCCACUCUGCUGCCACCUUGUGGAUGAUUUGGAGUAGAGCAUACGAAAUGUAAUUUGCUUCCUUCUUUCAAUGUCAGACUCCAGAAUUAGACGGCGAGCUCUUAUUCAAAUUUUGAUGGCAUAUACAUGUAUCCAGAAACCAACAGCCCAACCUGAAGUUCCAUAUUGCCGCCAUACGUUCACCUUUGUUGUUCAAGAACCUGAUGCAGUAGUUGGACAUUUGGUAAUAUAUCCAAACCAGUAAGGGAUCUCGUUUGAGAGUGUUUUCACGAAACAUUUCUGCAUUUAACGGAUCAAUGAAUCAAAUGGAUUUCAUUGCACUGUUUAUGACCAAUGAAGCACCUUGGAAGCGAUGUAUCCAAAUACGACCCUGCCCCUUUCAUCAGAGAAAAUAUUAGUGUUUAUGAAUACCGUUAUUGACACAAACAGACUUUUCUCUCGUUGACACCAGGAAAAAUAUUUGGGCUCACAGUCUCUAGGACCACAGAUACUUGCAACUUUACCUCUUCUCUAAACUAUUCAGGAUGGUUGCCUAAAUGUCUUUCGGCGAGGGGUGUAAGGUUCUUCUUGGGUAACAAAAAUAGCAAUGCGGUAGGUGAACUUCUGCAGCAUCGCCCGUGCAAUGUGUAUGAUGACGCAGCUACCGCAUUUUUACGAAUGCCACCUUACUACUAGCAUAUUACGCAGUUAUUCGCCGAUAAGUUUAAUAAGGCUGACAAAGCGUUUACUCGCUGUUAACACAAACUGUAUUUUAUUUAUAUAUAUUUGAAAGCAUAUAUCUAAUUUUGUAAUUUUUAAAGUUGUCUGAGUUUUUGAUUUGGAUUCUAGUUUGUUUCCAAUGAUGUUGAAACAUGAGAAUAUUAAUCUAAUUUUACAUGUAUUUUACAAUGGUUUGAUAUUUACAUGUAUUUUGCAAUGGUUUGAUAUCUAGCUUUAGCUUUUGUUGGCCAUUUUUAACAUUUAGACGUAAAUUCAAUGUGGUUUGAAAUUCAAAUGUUUUCUGAAAGAUUUUUCUAUACUAAAUAUUGUACUUCACAGACAUAAGAAAUA